UCAGCGCGCUGUGACGUGUGUUGGGCGCGCUGUGAGCAGCUGUGGUCUGUGUUUGGUACCCGCUGCCAUGCCCAAGCGGAACUAUCCGUUCGCUGAUGCUUCUCCGCUGCAGCUCAAGGUCCAUGUGGGCCCGAGAGAGCUGAGCCGCGGUGUGUUCGCCGAGCGCUACUCGCGCGAGGUCUUCGAAAGAACCAAGCAGCUCCUUUUCCAAGGGGCCCAGGCCUACAGAGAUCACAUAUGGGGCGAAGGCUGUUCCAUCAUCCACUUGCCGGAGUCACUGAAGCCUGGCCUGGUGGGGGCCCCUCAAGCUGCAAGGGGACAGAUGGUGAUUGGACCUGAUGGCCGACUGACACGGUGCCAAGCUCAGGCCUCGGAAGCUGGCCUGCCUGGGACAGCACCCAUCGCUUGUUCAUCCUGCGUGAGGUCUGUGGAUGGGAAGGCGGUCUGCAGCCAGUGCGACCGGGCCCUGUGUGGACAGUGCAUCUACACCUGCUGGGGCUGCGGAGCCUUGGCCUGUAUGCUGUGCGGCCUUGCAGACUAUGACGACGAUGGCGAGAAGACGCUUUGCACCAACUGCGCUAUGUUUGAAGCCUGACGUGGUGGCCAUGGAGGGCACAAGAUGCUCACACUGAAGAGAGAGGAGGUGGCUUUUUUAUACAGUAUGUUUUGUACCCUGGUAACAAGUGAAUAAACCUCUUUAUAUUUGCACAA